CGUCUAUAGAGCAUGAAGUACGUUUUAAAAAAGGGAAAAAUGGCGGAUAACGAUGUAAAUGGUGACUCUGAUGAAGUACAACAGGAGAAAUCACAGAAAAAGGCAGCAAAGUAUGAUAGCGGAGCGGCAGAUCUCGAAAAAGUUACAGAUUAUGCGGAGGAAAAGGAAAUAUCCUCGUCUGAUGGAUUCUCUUGUGCGUUAAGCAUAAUCGGAGAUCGACGGAAUAAAGAAGCUGCGGAGAAGAAGGCGAGAGAAAAGGAAUUGCUAAAAGUUCCUAUUAAAAAGGAAGACGUAGAUCUUAUUAUGAAAGAAAUGGAAAUAAAUCGAAACGUAGCAGAACAAACGCUCAGGGAACAUAGUGGAAACAUUGUGGAGGCAUUAAUUACAUUAACAAAUUGACUGUACAGCAUCAAUUUCAAACAAACACUGACAUAAGAAUCAACUUUAUUGUAAAUUAUAUGGACUUGGGGAUUGUUAUCACUUUGGGUUAUUAAUAAUUUAUUCGUGUAUAUUGCAAAAUAUACUUUAAGCUAUCCUGUAUAUAUAUAUACACACAUAUAUAUAUAUAUAUAUAUAUA